AACAUCUUAUUUUCUUAACAGUGAAAAAAUAAACACUAAAACAACAUCCACAACCACAACACCUUCUACUACUACUACUGUUACUACUAAGAAGACAGUUCCAAAAGUUGUGAAAAAGGUAUCUGAAAAGAAACCAACCCCUAAGCUAUCUUCACAAGUUAGCAAGACAUCUAGCAAAAUAGAAAAAGAAACAACUAAAACUGCUGCCACAAGCAAAACAGCUACCACAUCAAAAGAUGUUGCUAAAGAUAAAUCCCCCACAAAUAAAGAACAGGAGCAAGAAGAAUCAGAUGUUGACAAAUUACAUGUUAUGGUUGCAGCUGAUGAAUUAACUGAUGAAAUUCAGAAUGCAGCUCAAGAUGAUGUUGGAACCGGUAUUAGGGAACCNAAGAUCAUAUCUGCAAAGUUUAACCAG